GCCGUCCCAAGCGUGAACGACGUCGUUCCGAAGAUGAGCAGCCGGCGCGGCCCCCCCAAGCAUCAGAACGCCUAUGCCUGGAUACCUAACUCCGGUCACAAGAAAAACGAAACCGAAGUGGGAGGGAAGCUAAGGCCCUACUCGGAGAUCACCGGCGUCUGUGCUCGCUGCAAGGAACAGAUCGAAUGGAAGCGGAGGUACGGAAAAUACAAGCCUCUCAUCGAGCCUGCCAAAUGUCAGCGGUGCUCGAAGCGCGCCGUUCGUCAGGCUCACCAUAAGCUCUGUUCCGCUUGCGCCAAGGAGCAGAAUGCGUGCGCCAAGUGUUGCAGCCGUGUGGAUAAUAUAAUUGGAAGAGACUGUUCUGAAGUGGAGGCUGAGCAGAAGUUACUUGAGGAGGCCAUAAAAAAUGCUCGAGAGAGAGACAGAAGGACUUUAUUACGUGCUAUGAACAAAGGUAUAUCUCGUAGUUCUGCAAAAAACCCAACCAACAAAGAAGACAAGGUUGGGGAAAUAAAUCCAGCUGCAUCACUUGGGACAUGCAAUGAGCCUAGCAGAGAUGAUUGUGAAGAUAAAGAUGAAGACAAUGAUGAUGAUGACGACAAUGAAGAUGAUGAAGAGAGAGAGGGUGAUUAUUACAGUGAAAAUGAUGAUGACAGAGAAAAUGAAGAUGAUGAAAAUGAGGAACAAGGUCAUAAUUAAUAGAGGUAUGAACCCUCAAGAACCUGUUUUGGUAUGUGGAGUGCUUAGUAAAUUAGUAAUUAAUUUUUUGUACUUGGACGAAAAAGAUGGUUCACUUUGUUGCUUUUUGUAUUAGCAAUUGUGCUAAAGUAUCAUAUUUACAGAGAAAUGGGGAAACUAUUGUUAUUUUCAUUUUUGUUUAUGAAUAAAGUGAAGAUAAGCUGGUUCUAUA